AUGGACCAAUCGUUCGAGAUAGUGGACACCCCCAGCGCCACAGUCCUCUCAGCCACAUCCGCUGUUACCGCAUCGGACUCGCUAUGCGUGUCGCCCAUGCUUUCGGACGAUCUCUCUCUAUUGGAGCCCCCUGCGGCCAAGCCCUCGCUCGAGAAGGUCAUGACGGAUGUCCCCUCCGCAGUUUCGGAACUCUCAACGGAACCUUCAUCUGCCAACUCCGAGUCUGAGUCCGUGACCUCGUUCGAUAUGCCGACGCCCCACGCGUCCACGCCCAUUCUCCCUUAUUCCUUCCUCUUGUCUGAGUCACCGCUAAGCGAGGAGGAUUUAGACACCCUCAUGCAGUACGAGGCCACAAUGACGGACAUUUCAGAGAAGCCAUGCGCACUGUAUGACAUCGGCGUGCCUGUCGUGAGCCGCACCGCGGGGGUGGCAUCUGCAAAGGAGGGCGAGAACAUUGCACCGGCGAUGCUCUGGCGCAGACGGAUCACCUCGGUGGUCAUCUGGCUCUGCCAAUGUGUGUCGCUGAUGUGGCUCAUGUUGGUCGCCCUCCUGUUCGUCAUCGGAAUGUCGAACGAGUACUUUGAUUAUUACUACCAGCUCUAG